AUGUCCUUCCCAACAUCAGAAAUAUGCAAGGGAGCUCGUAAUGAAUCAUUUACUCAAGAAAGCACAAUAUCCUUGGAUUUAGAUGAUGAAGAAGACCUUGAAGAUACAGGGUCACCAUGGGAAGGUGCAGUUAUAUACAAGAGAAAUUCGUCAAUUUCUCAUCUUGAGUACUGCACUACCUUGGAAAGAUUAGGUCUAGGGAAACUUUCAACUGAUAUCUCUAAAUCUAGGGCUUCUGUUAUGGGAUUGCGUGUUACAAAAGCUGUGAAGGACUAUCCACAUGGGACGCCCGUUCAGAUCUCCAUAGAUGUGACCAGAAAGAAAAAAAAGUUGAGGCUUGAUGGGAUUGUAAAAUCUGUCAUCACUCUUGGUUGUAAUAGGUGUGGUCAGCCAGCCGCUGAGGGUAUAUUCUCUGAAUUCUGCCUCUUGCUCACUGAUGAACCGGUCGCUGAACCAGAGACUAUUGACUUGGGUGUUUUAUAUGGGAAAGACAUUUACAACGAUGAUAAAGAAGAUGAUGACGAGGAUGAUGACAAUGAUGCGUUGAUUGACUUAGAUGAUCGGCUGCAUUUUCCUCCUGAAAAGAAAGAAAUUGACAUUUCUAAGAACAUAAGAGACAGGAUACAUCUUGAGAUUACCAUUAAUGCUAUCUGUGAUCCCAGAUGUAAAGGGUUGUGCCUGAAAUGUGGUACGAAUCUGAAUACUAGCAGUUGCAAUUGUAGCAGAGAGGAAACUAAAGAAAAAGGCUUAGGCCCUCUUGGGAAUUUGAAAGAGCAGUUGCAGCGAUAAGGUAGGUGGAAGCUUGUGUUUCACUUUGUAAGUUUUUUUAAUUAAUCUUUGAAGAUAAUGUCAUUAGUUAUUCUGGAGAAAUUUCUAUAAUGAAUAGAAAUUAAUGCAGUUUUCCAUUAAUACAUAGGAGGGGUUCGGUACUU